AUGACUGAUCCAUCGACGGUGCUUCCUGCUAUAUAUUCAUUCCCACCACUCUAUACCCGACAACCGAAUGCGAUUAUCAGGAGGCAGCAAAUAGCCUCAUGGAUAGACCUAGUUUUAGCAUACUGCAAAUCACAAAACUUCUGGUGUAUGACAUUAGAAGGUGUCCCAGUAGAUGAGUACAACAAAUCGAGGAUUAGCAUAUUUAUAAAUUCAGAGAUUCAGAGAUCGGUGCCUCAAGUAUUUGUGGAAGAAAUAUGGUCAAAGAUGUGUGAAGAGGGGAAAGCUAUGGGAACCGAAACUGGGAGGAAAGACUCGUCCCAGUAUUAUGUGUUAUGGAGAACUCUAGACUCUUGGGCCUCCUUAGUGUUGCAAUGGUUUGAAAACUCGGGGAAACUGAAUCAGGUAGUGACCAUAUAUGAACUAGCCCAAGGGGACGAAACCGCUGACUGGGAGUUCCAUGGCAUGCCAGAACCACUGUUAGCUCACUGCAUUAAGCCUUUAUGUCAGAGAAACAGGGCUACGUUAAUAAAAGAUGAAAGAGGAAAACCUGUCGCUACUAAAGUCGUAUGA